AUGGCGGUGGCGGCGCCCGGCCGGAUCAACAAGCUGUUACCCCUUGGGUUGCUCUGCAUUGUCAUUCCUGGCCCCGUGUUUAUAUUGGGAUGGCAUUCAAGGAGCCCUCAGCGAUCGCUGCCCCUGCAGAGCUUGUCUGAGAGUGGCGCAUUGGAGAUCCUGGGUCUGGAUGGCGAACCUGACCUGUUGGAAUUGCGCGAGCUUCAGAAGGCGUUCCGUAGCCAAGCACGACAGUUGCAUCCAGACAGUGGAGGAAAUGCAGAGGCGAUCGGAUUGGACGAGGGGCACGACUGA